UGCCUGACAGCCCUGCCUGCCAAUUGUAUCAUAUGUCACUUCACAUUAUUGAACAUUGAAACGGUACUAGACUGAUUUGCUGUAUUCUUGUUUGAUUUCCUUUCUAAAGCUUUACAGAUACAACUAGUAGAGGUUUCAUACUUGUAUUUGCAACAGGCGUUUGGGCAAUACGAUGUGGGAUUCUUUGUUCAAUUGGUAUUGGAGCGAAAGCUUCUGGCUACCGGCUAAUGUCACAUGGCAGCAUUUUAAAUCUACAAAAGACAUAACUAUGCCUCAACCAGACGAUCUAAGAAUAAUUCCGCCUUUAACGAUACUUCUGAUUGUUAUUAGGAUUCUAUUUGAAAGGUAAAGUAUUUCAUAAGUUCCAAAGAAGGGUUUCAUCGACUAUCAAAACAAUAUAGAGGUCACCACUUUAAAAGUUUGUAACAUGAAAUCGCUCGUAUAUUCAAACGUUUGUUUUUUGCAGAAACGGCAACAGCAUGCAGCAGAAAUGAUAUGCAAAUGAUAAAAUGCAUGCCUUUUUACAAUCUAGGUAGUUUUAUGCGCUUUUUAUCCACGUUGAAAAUCCGAAGGGGCAAGCCUUUGCUGUUGUUUAUUGUAGGAUUAUUAAAAAAUAAAAACAAAUCGAAGUGAAGUAUCAGAUUUAAUACUGGGUACCGCGCCUUCGCAUUUGUGUUUCAAGAAAAGCAGGAACAUUCUAGUUUAUAUAAUAGGUUAUGUUGUUAUUUUUCUAUAUAGUAAUAACCCGGAAGUCUAAGAGUAAUGUCUGCUAUCAGUAGACAAAAAAUUAUUGCUGUUAUAAAUGGCCAUAUUCGUAUGCGUUUCAAAUUUAUUAAUUAAAGGCGUCAUUGGACAUGCAUGAUGGAAAUUUUCAUAGUCGACUAGGUUUAAUAGACCAAUGCAUUUUAAAUAAAAAUGCUUUUAAACCUGAUAUUUAAAUAUAUAUUUUGCCUUUAUAUGAUAAGAGAAGAACCUCACUAAUACUGUAUUUGCUUGAUUUGUAAGACUGAUUGCAAAUAUUUAUUUUUCAAGAUCCUUUCUUUAUUACAAUGUCUCUAUAGCUUCAAAUUCAGCAUAUUUACCUAGAUAAUAGUAAUACUAUUAGGCAAAGAUCUUAAGAAGCAUAGUAGGCUAUUCAAUAAAUACUGAUAAAUACAGAUUGAAAAUCAAGAUAAUGGGCAAUACUGAAGUGUUGUGCAAUACUGAAGUGUUGCCAGAAAGCACAGAUGUGGAAAAAAACUAUGAACUGCCAUAGUUUUGGUCGGUAGGACAACAGCCUGGCACACACAAUGUGUUUUCUUUUAGUCGGCCGAUUCAAAUUAAUGAAAUCCUUGCAUGUACGGUGUCAUAUUUUGGUCAGCCAAUAAAAAUCAGACAAUAUCAAUGAAAAUAAUUUGAUCUUGUCUGAUUAAAAUUGGCCGACUAAAAUUGCAUUGUGUGCACCAGGCUUUAGAAAACUAAGAAAUCUUCAAUGUAUCAAGUGAAGGAUCUUUUUGCACUAGUUCUAACUUGCCUUAUACUUGAAAUGUUGAGGUUUUUGUUAUCCUUUUCAGAAUUUCAGGUAGUUCUGACCAAAACCAGAUGCUUUAGUUUAAGUGGUUUUGCAAUGCUUUCAAAUUCCCCACAAUGUGAACUAGAGACUGAAUAUGCAUGGCAUCCAAUGAAUAUCCAACAAUUACUGUAGUCACAUUGUUUCUGAUUCAGAAUUUGCAUGUGUCCAGGUUCUAUAUGUGAGUGUCUUUGUUCAUUUACACCUGCUCUCUUCAUUUUUAAAAGUACAUUUAAAAGGUUUUUAUAAAUGUACAGACAGUUUGAAGCUCUGUAUUGAUUCAUUAGCAUUCAGCACUUUCUUUUUAAUCACUAAAAUCACCUGGCAUUGGCCAUUUCAGAAUUUCAUUUCCUGUCAAUUUUUCCUGUUACCACCUCUCCCCCGGGAUUUCUAAAUCUAUUAGGCAAGCAUCUUAAGAAGCAUAUUGUCAAACUAUUGUUGCACACAAAUAUAUUAUCAAAAUUUCACAAAUGUCAACUUUGAAAAGCAUUCACCAAGUGAACAUAUUCACUGCUAGGGUCAUGUUACAGUCAUGUGUUGCAUUCAAACCAUUUUUUCUUGCAACCUGCAAUGCAGUCUCUGAUCUACAGGCAUGUUUAUUAACCCAUUGAGCGGCAGUGCACCCUACCUUUUUUUUACUUGUCUAACGCCAGAUGAUUUUACUUGUCAAUGGGGAAGCUCUGCAGCUUAAUGGGGUAACCAACAAAUUUGACAUGUCUCUAGUUAGCCCAUUGAGCCGCAAUGCGCCCCAGCAUGCCCUACUUUUUUUUUUACUUGCCUGUAAGACCAGAUGCUCAACAAAAUGGGGGAAGAAUUGAACUGUGCAUAAUAUGCCGAUCUCUCCACUGCUUUACAACCCAAUUCCAUAAAUCCAAAGGAACAUUUUAAUUAAAGUACUGUAUGUACAUGGCAGUUAUUAUAAUUAUUAUGUCCAGCACAUAUUCAAUACAGGUACAGAUACAGAUAUUUCACAGCACACUCCCUAUCAGGGCUUUUCAGUGACUGGUUACAUGUACAUUAUGAAUAGAUAGAUUGAACCGGACUGACGUGAAGCAGACCGAGGUAGACUUUGAGCUUACAAAUGGCGCUUGAGCAGCCGCUAUUAGUCCAUACCUAAUUAAGGUUACAGGACACCCUUUUUGGCGUUUUGUGGAAAAUCGCUACUGCGCGCUCAAAAGCAGUCCAAUUUUCAUCAAAUUUUCACCAAAUGUUAGCCAGUGCAUGCAAAAUAUGAUAAAGUUGUAAAAUUGACAAACAAUAAAAUAAUGUAAGAAUUAUUCAGGAAAAUCUUAAGUCGCGGUACCUUUACGCUUUUGAGUUAUGUUCCUGCUGGUCUUAAAGGACAUUGGCAACGAAAAUUUUUAUUGGCUAUUUCAAUCCUACUUGACAACCUAACUAUGAAAAUAUUAUCAUUUCCUUCUCGAACAUUUUACUCUAGGAGUAAAAUGCAUGCAAACUUUGUGUGUCGCCGCCAUCUUGGAAAAAAUGACCUUCGAAGGUCAACGAAUUUUGUGACGUCAUUAGAUGGGUAGCACCAAAACUACAAGUGAGAAUUCUAUUGCGUGCGUGUCGUGUUAGCCAAAAAUAUGUCGUUUUGAGCGUUAUACUGGCCAAUACCUUUCGCAAUCAAACAAGAGAAGCCUACACUAUCAGAUAAAAACAUAUCGAGCGACUGGGAAAGCAAGGAAUGGCGCAAUUUACAAUACAGGUAAUUGAUCAUAAAAUAUUGCAUUAGUGUUUGCCUUGUUUACACUCGAAUUACUGCGUUUACUUAACACGGACUAGGACUGAUAUACUAUCAGAAAUAGUGUUACAAAUAAGGAACAUACUUGGUAAAACGUUUCUGCCCUUCGUUUAGGCUCAAAGUGCACUACGCGUGGUAAUACUCGGUAUUGUUUUAUAGUCAUGAAAUUGUGUUUACCCAUCUAAUGACGUCAGAUAAUGUUGCUGUGGCACAAGUGUUUAUUUUCAAAAUGGCGGACUACUGUUGAACUUUUUAUUACAUUUUCUCAACAACUAAGUGCGACAAACCGGCCAAAAUAUAAAAUUAAGUAUUCCGUAAGCAUACCUAAUAGAUAUAAGCAAUAAAAAUUUUGGUUGCCAAUGUCCUUUAAGAUAUAUUUAUGAAAAUAUCAUUUUUAUACAGUAAAAUAGUUGUUCUAAAAAAUUGUGUUCGGAAAUUUUUGUUUAUUUCGUCAUUCCGCUGAUAUGGCGAUUUCUUUGACGACUGCAAUAUAUUUCUGAAUCGUUUGUGUGAAUUGCUCUUUAUUAUUUCUUUGACGACUGCAAUAUAUUUCUGAAUCGUUUGUGUGAAUUGCUCUUUAUUAUUAAAAUAUCCAAAAUUAGAACAAAGCCGAACACAAUUUUGAAACUGACGUCUUUAGCUAUGUCCUGUGAAAAUUUGAGAAAAAUUCGUUAAAACCCGCAGGAGCACAACUCAUUUAGAAAUCAGUAAUUGCCGUAAAAUCCUUCGGGAGAAAAUUGAAUUUGAAUAUUACAUUUACAAUGUUUUUCUUAUUGCAAGCGAAAUGUAUUUUAUUAUAUAACUCUGUGAAUUUUCAACAUUUUUUGUUCAAACUUGGUCAGAUAGUAGACCUAGUCUAAUGCUUUCAUGGAAACCAAUAAAAAAAUUUUAGGCAAAAUUAACACUCAAAGGUGUUCUGUAACCUUAAUGAUCUGCCUCCAGACCUCUGCUUCAAUAAAGAUAAUGUACAGUAAUUCUAUUAACCAACUAGAAGUUUCACAUGGUUUUUAGAAUAUAAAUACGUUUAUAUAAAUACUGGAUAUAAAUACGUUUUUAUGGUUUCCUGCCAAUGCAUUAUGAAAGAUAAUAAAUCUAAAGAACUCUGAACUCAAGAUCAACAAACAAACAUAUUAUAGCAAACACUUUGGUUGUAUCAAAUGCAUUGCUCAGUUGUGCAUUAUUCCAUUAUGCAUUACUGUAUCUGUCAUACUGUAUUAUUGUUGGUGCCAAUCUGUCAUCAGUCCAAAGUUUUAUGAACAUAGUAAUAGAGUAGGGUAGCAAAUUAAAAUAAGCAAACAAACAGAAACUCAUGCACGCGCAACUACAAAAUCAACAAAGGUUUAAUCAUUAUGGUAAAAUUAUCUUCAAUACCACACUCAUACAGUACUUACUAUAAAUUGGUAUACUAACCAACAACAUUUUUUACUACAUUACUAUAUACAUACAAACUGAAUACUGAGACAUGAAGUUUACUGUUCUGUCUGGUAUUUUGACUGUAUAUGGAAUAGCAAUUGUUAUAAAUUCUUGAGAGAGUGUUGGACUGUUGGCUAAUGCCCCAUUAAGGCCAAUCAUGACUAGUAAACAUGCCAGAGUUACUGGUGUACAGUAUUUAUUGUUACACCAUCAACGGUUUAACAAUAGUGUGUAAAACUUUAAUGAACACCUGCCAUGAACAAAUAUCACUUACCAGUUGAUCUUGCUUAGUGUGAAUUCCUAAUCUUUUAAUGGACAUGACAGAAUUAAUAUAAUUCCUGACAAUUUGAUUCUUGUUGUCAGAUGGAGAGCACUGGCACUCAAUCGAUUACAUUUGCAACAAAACGUGUAUGUUAUAUAUAAAUAUGCAAAACUCUGAUUGAAGUAGCCCUGAAUAAGCUCAGCAUAAAGGACAAAGUUGAUUCUCUUUUGCUCUAAAUUCUCAGUGCAUGUAUGCAGACAUGAUGGUAGGUAAGCAAAUAUAGGCCAGGAUUGUCAUAUGCCAGGAUUCAGGAUUGUCAUAUGCCAGGAUUGUCAUAUGCCAGGAUUGUCAUGUGCCAGGAUUGUCAUGUGCCAGGAUUGUCAUAUGCCAGGAUUGUCAUAUGCCAGGAUUGUCAUGUGCCAGGAUUGUCAUGUGCCAGGAUUGUCAUGUGCCAGGAUUGUCAUACGCCAGGAUUGUCAUAUGCCAGGAUUGUCAUGUGCCAGGAUUGUCAUGUGCCAGGAUUGUCAUGUGCCAGGAUUGUCAUGCGCCAGGAUUGUCAUAUGCCAGGAUUGUCAUAUGCCAGGAUUGUCAUAUGCCAUGAUUGUCAUAUGCCAGGAUUGUCAUAUGCCAGGAUUGUCAUAUGCCAGGAUUGUCAUAUGCCAGGAUUGUCAUAUGCCAACCUGAAUUCCGAGGUCUGAGAAACAAAUGAAUAGUAAAAGAGUUUGCUUUGCAUUGAAAUUAAUAUGUGUUUAUUGUAAAUUAUUCAGUCACUGAAUAACUUACACUGUAAGCUUGAUGUUAUAUCGUUGUAAUACUUGUGUGUUGUAAUAUAUAUUAUUGAACAUAACAAAUCCUACACAUUGAUUGGUCAAAUUUGAGCUGUCAUAUUCAGUUUAAGCCAUCAUAUUCACCAACAGGUGACUAUAACAAAACCGAAAUUUUCAAAAUGGCGGCUAGCUGUUUUGUGAAACUUACUGAUAAAGAAAUAAGCGAAAUUAAAAUAUAUAUUCAAUCCCAAAAACACAAAAGACUUGACAGUUGUGUAAAAAUACUAAAACAAUUAUUCGCCUCAGGCUCGGUGAUUAUUGGGGAAUAUUCCCCUCGACUUCGUCUCUGCGAAUCCCCAAUGUCACCUUGCCUUCGGCGAAUAAUUGUUAAUUAAAUACUCUGCUUUUUUCAUUAUUUAGAUUUGUUGCCUAUCCAUUUUCAAAAUUUCUUGGUGUCCCAGAUAUAAAAAGGAAAAUUGCGGAGCCUAACAAAAUACUGGAGAAAGUUUUCACAACAAUUAGCAAGUCACCAGAUGCAGACAGAAUUCGAGGGUUAGCCAAGGAGUUACAGUGGACACAAAAGCAAGUACGACAAUGGUUUUAUUUAAAGAGAAGUGCAAACAGACCAACAAUAAUGAAGAAAUCUACAGAAUGUUGGUAAGAGAAUUUCCCUUGCUUUCUGCUUGAAUUUUAAGACAAGUCCAAAUGCUGCCACAUACAUCUUGGAAUGAACAGUGAGUGUCACAGAUAAGAACAUUUGACUGGUUUUAAUGUGAUCAUGUACUGUAGCCAUAGAUAUCUUAUAUACACUAGAUAGCGCAUCUCUUUUAGUAAAAUUGAAGCCAAGAAUAUUCCAGCGGUUACCCCCAUUUGAAUAGAUGGUGGCCAUGUUGGUCGUUCCCACUUGCUAAUAAAUGCUUAAAAACAACAUUUUAUAACUUUCAUCAUUUGAAUAGUUUAAAAACGCAUUUGGAAUAGGGUUAACUUAAUGUUUAAGUUCCCUGUUUAAGUUCCCUAUUUAAGAAAUAGAAAACAUACCAAUCUUCUCAUUUCAUGGGAACGACCUGAGACUGCAAUCACGGCUUCAAUUUUUGAAUUGCAGAAUAAUUAGAUGCACUAUCUAGUGUAUAUAAGAUAUCUAUGACUGUAGCCAUUACAUUUAACUACCCUUGCACUGAUUGAGUGAGCUACAUGUACCUGAAACCUUCAUAUGUAUGUUACAAGUUUUAUGUGAGAAUUGAAAAUGUAAUAGGUAUGCCCAUCGGGGAUUCUACACAUGCAAAACAGCAAAUUCCCAUACAUUUUCUGAUAAGGUUUCGAAGUUCAUAUUGUUCACAGAACUCAUUGUUCUUCCCAAGUAAUACAAUCACAAUAGUUUUGAUUAAUUUAUUCUGUGCAACUGGUAGCUGAGUUGACUUGAGUCAUUUACUGCAGAAAUCAACAAGCCAAGUGCGAGUUGAGUAAUUUGGGGCUGUUGACUCAAGUCUAGUCAUUUUUCGUAUUCACUGAAAAUAGUGACUCCAAGUCAAUGGCUCAACUUGUUACAACACUGCUAAUAACUUUUUGUUUUGGUAAGCAUUUCAUUUCACAUGAUACAGUAUACUGGGGCAGGAUGAGGAAGAAACUUAUUAAGUGCUAAUAACUAUGCUAUAUACAUGUUUCAAUGGCAAAACCAGGUUCAAUGCCAUUGAGAUUUUUUGUAAAUAGAUGGCCAAUUUCACAUGAGACAUUGAAAAUGGCAAAAUUGCAAAAUGCAACAUUAUGUGGUGCUAACCACAUGUUUCCAUAGUUAACACAUUGGAUUAUCAUAAAUCAAAACGAUUUUUGCAUUUUGGCCCAUGCCCACUCUGCGGCAAGCCAUUGAAUCUGCACUUGUUUGUUGCAACUUUUCUGUGGUUAUAGUGUGUUCAUUUAAAAUAAUUAUAACUCAGUCACUUUAACUUUGAAAUAAGUUAUAUUUCUUAACAAACACAGUCUAAGCUUUACAUAUCAUGAUGACAAUGUUAGAUCAGAUAAUAUCCAGUAUUGCUGUGAUCAAUGGUGCAUCAAAGUUUGGGUAAGAGAAAUGUAAUGUCUGCAACAAAAAAACAAUUCAAUUUAUUUUUCAGCCAAACGUUUAGCUCUUUUGACAUUAUAUUCGUGCUGCUUUUUUAAAAUGGUAUUAACGUUAUUUUAGACUGAAAAAAGACAAUAAAAAGUAUUAACAUGUCUUGAAUAAUGCGUUGCGGACAUUACGUUGCGGACAUUACAUUUUUGAACUUGGAGAAUUAGAUGCUUAUUAUUAAUUGUCUUGCUUGAAUUCUAUAGUUAUUUUAAGCUUGAUGACUUAAAAAUAGAACAUUAAAAGGACUAUGGAACCCUACUUUUAACUAUAAUCACUCUGUGCUGUAUACACAAAUCAUCAUGGAAAGUUUCCAAGUUACAUAUAACGCCACUACCCUAUACUGCCAUAACCAUCAGUUUUGUAAGGCAUAUGUUGUUAAGUGCAAAAUCAUGUUUUCAUGUUUGUUUCGAUCAUCUUCCACUAAAGUCAGGGGUGUAAUUAUCCCCACCAAAUGUAGUAAAUGCAAAACUCAAAAGCAAAUAGAAUGGUCUACAAACAUGGCACUUUUUUGCUGCACAACCUGAGUAUUGCCUGCAUGAGUCAAUGCACAACAAAUAUUGCACUUUUGAAAGAUAUUGUUGUCAACAGAAGGUUAUAUACUGUAUUAUUAUUUAUUUAAAAAAUUUCUGGUUUCUGACUGGCUAACAGCCAACUGUGAAAUUGUCAUAUCAACUCAAUGGCUAACCAAAUAUGGAUUUUUCACAUUCAUAUUAAGCAAAAUGACGUCAAAGAGUCAAUAUGAAAAAAAUUUGGACGCGUUUGCGCCAUAUUACUAUGACGACGAAAAUCAUAUUGACUCGCUGACGCCAUUGAAAUGACGACAACGGCUGCUGAAGGAGUAACGAAUUGUUUUUUUCUUAAUACAAACACAGAGUAGAGACAUACAGAGACGUAACUAGUGUACCCACUUUUUUUUGUGCGCAUGCUCGGCAAGUUACUAGAUGCAUGCAUCUGAUUGGAUGACGACUCACUUUAAACUUGCUGAGCACGCGCAGUUGAUAAUUUUUCGCCCGGUCGCCUGAAAAAAAGUGGGUACAUGAUAACGUAAUCUUCCGCAGUGUUUACAAUGGUCAGUUACGUCUCUGUAUGUCUUAUCUACUCUGUGAUACAAAUAAAAUACAAAUGGCUUCCGUUUAAUUGUUUUGAAUUUAAUAUAAAUAAUAAAACAAUUAUUGAAUUCGGUUUUCGCACAAUAUAGGAAGAAUUAUCAAGCCCUCAGUUCGCCGUUAUCAACCUCAGCCUUGGUUGAUAACGGCAAACUGAGGGCUUGAUAAUUCUUCAUAUCGUGUUCAACCUCAUUCAAUAAUUGUUAAUUAUAUCUGACCAUGAUUUCAUCCCGGGAUUUAUGUUGGUAUACAAAUGUAAAUAGAAUUAAGCUAGAAUGCCUGUUAUGUGGACUAGAAACUUUGAAGUGCAUAAUCAGGCACCCAGUUUUCAUUUCCUAUUAUUUUUAAUACAGAUUGCUAUACAAUCCCAAAAAUGUAAUGUCCGCAACAGUUUCAGUGUAAUGUCCGCAACACAAACUUUGCACUAUAGAAGCUGCGCAAGGGCAUUGUAGAACAUCUCGUUUUCAUAUUUUUUAACCCCAAUUAUCAAUGAGAGCAGGCAGUGUUUUAGUUCCUUUGAUACCUUUCAAAGUUCACAGGAAAUUACAUUUUAAAAACAUCACUUCAAUGUGUGGUUGAUAUUGCUGUAAUGUUCGCAACAAUACUUUGACUUUUUAUUACAAGAAGUGAUUACGAGGGAAUUUUGUUUUAUUUUAUGAAAUCUUAAGAGGUCCCCUUAAGGUUUUCUUUGACAAAGUUCCCAGAUCAGAAACUGUUGCAAACAGGAAACAGAGCAUGUUUUGUAUUUAUUGUUUUUCUGUGAAUGUAAUGUCCACAACGUGAAAUUGCCCAGAUGUAUAUUUACAGUAAUAAUAAUACCGUAACCCCCCCCCCC